AUAUUUUCGUUUACUUGGGUACAGGACUCAGAAAUGUUUGGAUUAUCGCCAACGGUACACUGAACUGAAAUGUUGUAGAUUGGACUUCAGAAAAAAUGAAUUAAAAUUUUGAGUCUUGAAAGUUUCAAGAAUUAUUCUGCUGGUUGUAUCCAACCUAACGUUCUCAUCUCAAGUAGAUAACUGUUUGCGUGUUCUGAUUUUCAAUUUCGUGGUUAUAGUAUUCAAAGUAGAUUUUGAAAUUUUGAAAUGGAUGAUUCUGAGCGAUUUGAAGAUGCCCAAAAUUUCGUUACGUGUCCUUAUAAUGCUGCGCAUUCCUGUCCAAAGUUCCGAAUGGCCCGUCACUUGGUGAAAUGUAGACGGCAGCACGAAGAAGUAGCCAAAGAGCAACGCGUGUGUCCGUUCAAUUCUACCCAUAUAAUUCCCCAAAUCGAAUUAGCUUAUCAUGAAACUAUUUGCCCGGACCGUGAGUUAUUUUACACGUAUACGCAUAAAACAGAGGAUAGUCAAAAUCCCGUCGUCGAAGAAUUGUACAAGAAUACGAUGAAAAAAGUAGAAAUUCCGAGCGACGAAAAUUGGGAUGAUGAAAUCAAUCCUGACGUGAAUAUCAUUGAAAGGUGUAAAAAAAAUGCCCUUGAUAGAGGUGUACUGCAGAGUAAUUCGAACGAGCCGCCCGCGGAACGUAAAGCGUUAAGGCUCGAGCAACGUAUGAGGACUCGUGAAAGAAUGAACGCCGAAGAAGAAAAAAAAAAGAUUCAUUUAAUGAAUCAGCCGCCUCACGAGGAUUCCGAAUCUGUUGCUAGUUACCGUACAAUGACUUCCGGUCCGUCGAGUUAUUCGUUUGGUACCGCUAGAAAUACGGUUGAAAAAAAAAUGGGCGGUGUAUCCAAGCCUGAAUCAACUUCGUCUACAAGUCGAGGUAGAGGCAAAAAUGCACCCAAAGUCAGUUCAAAUUAUGAAAUGGGAUUUGGCCGUGGAAGACGUUAAGGCGAUAUCGUGUGAUGAGGAUGAUGUGUCGACGGAAGAUAUCAACUUCUUCGAUACGUAAUCGUAAAAUUUAUUUUCUCUUGUGUACAGUAAGAACCACGUUUUUUUGCGAAAUUAUCAUGAAGUGAAGUACUUUGAACUGUGAUUUUAUUAUGUAUAAUCAUUUCAAAACGCUUGUUGAACCGUUUGGUGAUUGUUACCUAUUUUUCAUUUUUUCGUUCGCAUUCGCUAUGUUUCAAUGGCUAAAAAAAUGAUACGCGUGUAAUUCGAAAAUAAUUUUUAUGAACCGAAUAUUUUAUGUUUAAAUUAUCAAAUUUUAAAUUGUAAGAAGUUGGUAUGUGUUUGAUUUUUUAGUUUUACUCCCUCCCUCCCUUCUCCCAAUGUUAAUUCAAUACAACGCAGUUGCUAUCUCAAGUUAUUUUUAGAGGUUCAUUUCUUUUAGUUGAUAUUUUUUUUAUGAUAUGUUUUUUAUUUUAAAAAAUCUUUAGUUGGUUUAUCAUAUUUUGUUUGCAAAGCACCUCAUUUUAUUGUACUGCAAAAACGCGUCCUGUUCGGUCGCGUUCGUCGUGUUCCUUUAAUUUUCAAGUUGAUAUUUGGUUUUAAAAAUUGUAAAUAUACUGAUCAUUCGAUUUA